AUGGGGUUCUUUGAGAGCAUAUCCAGCCAAGCUGGAACAGCAACUCUCUUCAUUGCAAGUCUAGGCUUGCUGUACACAUUAUGGAGGUGUAUCUACAACGUCUACUUUCACCCACUCGCUCGUUUCCCUGGACCAUUUCUCGCCAAGAUCUCCCCGAUAUACAGCAUAUGGGGGCUCUUUCGAGGUCGAUGGCCCUUUGAUGUGCAUCAGCUUCAUCUCAAAUAUGGACCUGUACUGCGCCUCAUGCCCAACGAGUUGGCUUUCACCGACCCCCAGGCAUGGAAAGACAUCUAUGGCCACCGCCAGGGCCAUCCUCAGUUCCACAAGGACCCGAUCCAUGUAGGAUCUGUGCAAGAUAUCCCCGGUGCAACCACUCUUACCAUGGCUAAUGAUGCCGACCAUAGUCGACAAAGGAGAACCUUGGCGCACGCCUUUAGUCAAAAGGCGUUGCUCGAGCAAGAGAGUAUCAUCAGGGGCUACGUUGACCUGCUCGUAGAAAAGCUCACGCCCUUUGCAUCCAAUGGGCAGCCCGUCAACAUGUGCGACUGGUUCAACUUUACGACGUUUGACAUCAUUGGCGACAUGGCAUUCGGUCGACCCUUUGGAUGCCUUCGUGAAGGAGUCUUUCAUUCCUGGGUGUCUCUGAUCACUCAGACCAUAAAGGCCGGCGCAUUUGAGCAAGCCACCCGGCGCAUGUUCCAGAUCAACAGCUGGCCGCAACGGAUGCUGGUUAAGCUUAUUCCCAGUACACUCCGUGAAAAGAGGUAUCGCCACCUCGAGUUGAGCCGAGAGAAAUGCCUUCAACGUAUCGAAGAGGGUGUUACCCGCGAACACAACGACUUUUUGUACUACAUCCUCCGACAAAACCAAAAAGGUGGAGUCAGUCAAAACGAAAUCAUUCUCAAUAGUGCGCUGUUCAUUGUCGCCGGUUCCGAGACAACUGCCUCGCUCUUAUCCGGCCUGCUCAUGUGGCUAUUGCGCACGCCGCAUGCCUACCACCGACUGACAACAGAGAUCCGCUCCAACUUUUCCGACGCCAAGUCCAUGACCUUUCUCGCCCUGCAGGAGCUGACCUACAUGAACGCGUGUAUAGACGAGGCGCUGCGCAUCUUCCCACCAGUGCCGACGGGCCUGACGCGCACGGUACCCGAGGGCGGCGACACCGUGGCCGGCGAGUUCAUCGCCGGCGGCACCACGGUCUCGGUCUACUCGUGGGCAGCGACACAUUCGCCCGACAACUUUGCCCGGCCAGACGAGUUUGUGCCGGAGCGCUGGCUCGACGACGCCGAGGAUCAGGCGCGCUACGCCUCUGACAAUAAAGAGGCGAGCCAGGCGUUUAGUCUUGGUCCCCGUGGCUGCAUCGGCAAGCACCUUAGCUACUUGGAGAUCCGGCUCAUUCUGGGAAACCUGCUCUGGCAUUUUGAUCUCGAAAGGUCGGACCUCGAGGGUAGUAAUACCGGGGACAUAUGGGACGUGGAGGGAGAUCUCAGACACGUCAAGGCGUUCAACACCUGGAACAAACCGCCACUCAUGUGUCGGCUCACGUUGGUUCGGAGAUGA